AUGGCCAAGGCAUCAUGCGAUGAGCUGCAAAAUUGGCUAGGAAGCAGCGUUGACCACAUCCUUGUCAGAAAAGUUGUUUUUGAGAAAGGAAAAGGCUGUUCCAAACGAAAGCUGUGCCUAGCGGCGAGAAGACUGAGCAUUGAUCAGUGUGAUCUGGUGGGCAAACGAGUGCUCAUGAGAUUGGAUUUGGACAUGCCGUUGAUAGGUGGAUGUAUCAGCUCCACGGAGAAAAUUGAAGCAGCAAUACCUAAUAUACAGCUGGCGUUACUUUCUG